AUGGAGGCAAAUAAUGUGCAAUCAUCAGCCUCAAGUGGUAAUGUUCGUUCUAAGACCGAUCCGGCGUGGGAGCACUUCACUUUAUCUACUAAUGAUAAAGGAGCAAAGAUGCUAUUGGGAGUAUUGGUGUUGGAUAUAAAGCUCCUUCUUAUAAUGACAUGCGAAUUAAUUUAUUGCGGGAUUGCAAGAAACAAUGUUAGUUGCUUAUCGAUAGCUACAGAAGCCAGUGGGCUAACUGUGGAUGCACAAUUAUGGAUGAUGGAUGGACUGAUCAAAGGAAUAUCAUUUGUAAAAUCUGUUGAUGCUUCAGAUAUUUUGAAAGAUGCCACCAAUUUAUACGAUUUAUUCAUGGAGAUUAUUAAGUGGGCUGGACCAGAUAAUGUGGUUCAUUUAGUGACCGAUAACGCAAGCGAUUAUGUUGUUGCGGGAAGGUUAAUACAUGAAAAAUAUUAUCACAUCUAUUGGUCUCCUUCUGCUGCACAUUAUUUGAAUUUGAUUCUGAAAGAUAUUGACAAAAGAGAUCAUGUAGCAGAGCUUGUAUCACGUGCUUCCAAGAUGACUACUUUUGUCUACAAUCAUAUAUACAUAUUAUCUUGGUUGAGAAAAAUAUCUGGAUGGAAAGAGAUUGUGCAUCUAGGAGUAACACAUUUUGCUACUACAUUCAUUACUUUGAAAAGUAUCUAUGAUCAUAAACAUGACUUGCAAGCAUUGGUGACAGUUAAGUAUUACACAAGCCAUAAGUUAUCUAAAAGUCUAGCAGGUAAAACAGUUACUUCUAUUAUUUUGGAUGCCAAAUUUUGGGAAGAAUGUUUAUUUAUGAUGAAGAUUGCAGCUCCCAUCAUUAGGCUUUUAAGUGUUGUUGAUGCUGAUGAGAAACCUUUACUUGGUUAUGUUUAUGAAGGCAUGAUCAGGAUUCAGAAAGCAAUUAUGUCCAUCUUCAGAAACAAGUCUACAAUGUAUGGUCCCUACAUUAAAAUUAUUAAUGACAGAUGGGAUAAGCAUUUUGGUCGAAAUCUUUAUGCAGCUGCUUAUUUUUUGAAUCCCACUUUUCUCUAUGAUAAAGAAGCAUUUUCUAAGACUCCAGAAGUGUUGCAAGGCUUGUUAGGUUUACUUGAAAAUAUAAGUAUAUGCAGUAAUAGUGCAAAGGCAAUGAGGGAGAUCAAAUUUUACCGAGAUCGAUUGGAAAGUUUUAGUCAUGAAUCAGCUUUUUCUUCUGCUAAUAAAAGGCAACAGAUUUUUAACACUUCAUUAUAUAAAUUUAUUUUAGAUGAAUGGUGGAGGUUGCUUGGAUAUAGCGUUCCUCAGUUGCAAAAAGUUGCUAUUCGACUCCUCAGUCAAACAACAUCUUCUUUAGGAUGUGAGCGCAAUUGGAGUGUUUUUGAGAGAAUUCACACCAAAAAAAUAAAUAGAUUGGAGCAUCAAAGGCUUAGUGAUCUGAUAUUUGUGAAUUAUAAUCUUCACAGGCAUCAAUACAAAAAGAGAAGUUAUGAUCCAAUUGAUUAUGAUUGCAUUGAUAAAACUAACUUUUGGAUAGUUGAAGAAGAAGAAGAAGCAGAAUUAGUAGAUGGAGAUAUGGUAGAAGCAAUAUAUGGAGAAGAUGCUAUUCCAACUUUGGAUGAAAGCCACAAUCAAGAUGAUGUGGAUAUGAAUGAAGAAGAAGUGAAUUUUGAAUUAUUUGGUAAUGCAAUCUAUGAGGAUGCAUUUGAUCAACAAGAAUACUUGGGGCAUAGAGAUGUCAAUGAGAGUUGGCCACAACAUCAACCAUGA